CCCAAGACUGCAAUCCAUGAAACUGGAUCUAUUCUUAUUACGUGGCCGGGUGAUGCUUUCUAAAAACGGAAUUCCGUGAUGUUGCAGUAACUCCAGGGGAAAUUGUCUGAGAGUUUUGUAAGUAUAAGUAUGUGGCCAACCCUCUCUUUCUCCAACAUCAACCUCUGCAACAUUGAAACACAAACCUACAAAGCACUCUUCUCAGUCAAGACCAUAUCACCUGCAUAGAACACAAUAUGACCUCCACAACCCCCAAGAAAAUCGCCCUCAUCAUCGCCUCCACUCGCCCUCAACGCGCAGGUCCUACAGUAGCAUCCUUCAUCCACAACAUAAUCUCUACAUCCCCCUCCUUCGCCUCCAACGAAAUCACAACCGUGGACGUAAAAUCCUUCAACCUCUCCCUCUACGACCACCCCAGCGCUCCCGCCCUCUUCCCACUCGACAAGCCCUCUCCCCUCCCAGAAUCCCACCCCGCAAUCAAGUGGUCCCAGACCAUCGCCUCCUUCGACGCCUACAUCCUCAUCACGCCCGAGUACAACGGCGGUCUCCCCGCCGGCUUCAAGAACGCGCUUGAUUAUCUGUACCAUGAGUUUAAGGGGAAGCCGGUCUUUGUGAUCAGUAUGGGUGUGCAUGGAGGCAAUUUUGCGAAUGAAGAGGCUACGCGAGCGUUGGGCACUAUUAUGCGAGGCAGGGCGGUGGAGACGAAGGUGUUGUUGGUUAUUGCGGAUGAGGAUAAGCUGAAUGCUACUAUGGGACGGGUGGGAGAGAAGAGUUUGGAGGUUUGGGGGGAGCAGAAGGCGGAUGUUUUGAAGGGGUUUGAGGAGUUGGUUGGGAUGUUGAAUGAUGGUGGGGUGAAGGUUGAGAAGGAGCAUAUUGCUGUUUGAAUUGUUAGCUAUGACUGAGACACUGAAGGCUAGUUUGAGCGUGCAUAGAGAUAGUAGAGAACCUAGAAACAUUCUUACCUUGGAGAGCUUUCUCGAUGUACUCGGUGGCGAAGCGCUUCUAUACGUCAAAGCAAGGCAAGUAAUUAAGAAGAAAUACGAAUCGAACUUAGGCGUGGCUGGAUGUGUGGCAUCGACUUGGAUAUUGAGUGCAUAUGAAAUGUUUGUCCUAGACAAAAACUUGAUCCCGUUUGACUAGAAC